AUGACGCAGGACGUGCCUCCAGUGCCUGCGACGCCCAUCACGCAGCUCGCGCAGAGCUUGCUGGGUAUUGUCCUCGCCACCCUUCGCAUAGUUCGAUGGACGCUACAUUUCACGUCCAUCACACUACCCAGCACGCUUUACUGGGUCUUACAUUACAGCAUGACGGUGAAAGUGACAUUUCCCGUGCUUGCUUUGUGGUGCAUAGGCGUGACGACCACGGUGAUCCUGUGGCUGCGAUACCGCCACUGGAACAGGUACGAACAUGUGCGAGAGGCGCCCAUCCGAAAAAUACACUCUGUCAAUGUGCCGCCGGAUGUCGCUCCUGAUGCGCAUGACGACGAUGACCGCAACUCUUUUAAUUCUUACCUAGACGAGUUUUUGGAGGCGAUCCGUAUCUUUGGUUUCCUUGAGCGCCCCGUAUUCCAUGAGCUUACGCGCUAUCUCGAAACACGUCGUCUAUUAGCUGGCGAUGAGAUUCAUCUCAAUUCUGAAACGAAUUUCUACAUUGUUAUUGAGGGCCAUGUCCAAGUAUUUGCAUACGUGACGCCACAGCACAGCAAUGCAGACGUCACGCCUGAGUAUCAGCUUGUGAAUGAUGUGAAAAGUGGCGGCACACUCAGCUCUCUGUUUACUAUUUUGCGCCUGUUUACGGAGCAUGUAGAGCUGGGCUUUACGUAUGAGGAUGCGGACAUCCCUCCGCUUAGUUCAUCGGAUGUGGGGGGGCAGCAUACACGAUCGAUGUCAAUGUCCGAUUCCGUUGAUUCGAAUGACCCGCUAAGGGAGCCCAGCCGUAUGAUGCCUCUUGUAUCGCACUUACCGCAAGGUUCAAUGUCCAGCUCGGCAGGCAGCGACGCGCGCGCUUUCCUUAAUACUUGCGCGCGUGCUUGCGCGCAGACUGACACAACACUCGCUGUGAUCCCUGCCGAGGCAUUCCAACGCCUCACGGCCAAGUACCCAAGUGCCGCGUCACACAUUGUCCAGGUUAUUCUUACUCGUCUUGCGCGCGUCACGUUCCUCACAGCGCAUCAGUACCUUGGACUCACAUACGAUGUCAUGCAAACGGAGCGUGCGAUCAAUGAGUGUGCGCGUGUCUACCUUCCCGACAAGUGUUAUGAGCCUGCAGCGCUCGAGCAACUUUGGCGCCGCUUCUAUCCAUCCACACAGCCUAUCGUAUCCACCGACUCUCGCAUUUCGAGUGGCCACCACAACCGAUGCACCAUGCUGUCGAGCCUGGAGAUCUACACAGCAUGGUCAGGCGUUCUCGACGAGCCGUUUCUUCCCGAGAUGCCCAUUCGGAAUGCGCACGCGUCGGAUGAUACUCUAACGACGUAUGUGCCACGCGGUGCUCUGGACAUCCGUGACGAGGUCAUGCAUUGCAUUGUUCAGAGUGUGGGACUCACUGAGGCCAUUAUACCCGACCUUCCAAGCCAUCUGGCGAGCCCAUACCUCACGUCGCAUCGUGGACCAUUUGCGAACGCAUUUACGAAUCUGUCGCGCCUCGACGUAUCGACGUCCAUGACGUCCACUGCCACAUCGGCCUCUGACGACAUGCACCCGACAUCGAUGACGUCGCUGCCUGCGGAGGAAAGCGGCGUGGAGCUCCGUCUCUUUCGCGCUGGCAGCGUGCUUGCACAUGCCGGACAGACAGAUGCAGGCCUGUUCUACGUCAUUGACGGUGUGCUGGACAUGCGGCAGGUGAGCACGUCUGAAUCAAAUGCGCGCAGCCUGUUUACCGUUGAGCGGGGCGGGAUCGCCGGCUACCUAUCGAGCCUGCUUGGUGUGCCGAGUUUUGUCGAUAUUGUCGCCAAGACAGACACAUAUGUAGGCCUGCUGCCGGUGCGCGCGCUGAACCGGUGGGUCGAAGAGGCGGGCCAACGCGCUCUUUACGCUAUCGAACGUCUUUUGAGUCUGCUGCCGCCUCUGAUCUUACAUAUUGAUGCAGCUCUGGACUGGGUGCACGUCGAAGCUGGACAGGUCCUCUUCCGAGAGGGCGACGUCGGUGACAGUUUGUACAUGGUUAUUAGUGGUCGCUUGCGUGCACUGCAGGAUCAGCCUGAUGGCACGCGCGAGGUCGUCGGCGAAUAUGGCCAAGGCGAUAGCCUAGGUGAAGUCGAAGUCAUCACCAAGGGACCACGCUCCGUUACGCUGCACUCGAUUCGUGACUCGGAACUCGCGCGCAUGCCGACGACCCUGUUCAAUGCUAUUGCGCUGUGGCAUCCACCGGUGACGCUGCAGAUUUCCCGCAUCAUUGCACGCCGCAUGCGCAUGGAAAUGGACACACGCGAGACGGCGCGCCGCAUGGCACUUCCUCCGCAUCUGGCUGCGACCAUUGGCCGCGGUCAGAGCACACACAACUUCAAGACCGUCGCCGUGCUACCGGCGUCCACGGCGAUCCCCAUUACCGCGUUCACGCAGCAGCUGCAGUCAGCCUGUGCAGCUGCUCUGGCAGAGCCUGUGGUCGUCUUGCGACAGAGCAGUGUGAUUCGCGAGCUUGGCCGGCACGCGUUCUCGCGCAUGGGCAAGCUAAAACUUGCUGGCUGGCUCUCUGACCAAGAGCAGCAUUAUCGACUGGUACUCUUCAUGGUCGAUACGCCCGCAUCGUCGUCAUGGGCCGCCACCGCUGUGCGGCGCGCCGACUGCAUCCUGCUGGUGGGACUCGGCGACGAUCCGCACGUCGGCGAGCUCGAGCGGCUUCUUCUGAGUAUCAAGACAACGGCACGCAAGGAGUUGGUGCUGCUGCAUCCGGAGCGCAGUGUGUCGCCAGGGACGACGCGUGAGUGGCUUAAGCCGCGUCCAUGGGUCAGUGCGCAUCACCACGUAGAAAUGCACGGCAUCAAGACGCCCCGGACGCAUGCGAUGCCAGGGCCGACGCCCGUCCAAGCUCUGCGCACACUGACACAGCAGCUCAAGACACGCAUUGUACGUGCAUCACAUUCGCCGCCGCCUCGCGCACGCCCACCUCACUUGUCGGACAUGGCGCGACUCGCGCGCCGCUUGUGUGGCUAUUCGAUUGGGCUCGUUUUGGGUGGCGGCGGAGCUCGUGGAUGUGCACACAUCGGUGUGCUACGAGCGCUCGAGGAGCUGGGCAUACCUAUUGAUCUGGUCGGCGGCACGUCAAUCGGCUCGUUUGUCGGCGGUUUGUACGCACGCGAUGGUGCAUCCGUCUCGAGUCAUGGACGUGCGAAACGAUUUGCUGGGCGAAUGGCAUCGCUGUGGCGCUUCGUGACGGAUCUGACGUACCCACUCGUAUCGUACACGACGGGGCACGAAUUCAACCGCGGCAUCUUUAAAUGCUUCUCCGACACGCAUAUUGAAGACAUGUGGCUCCCGUACUUUUGCAAUACGACGAACAUUACAUGGAGUCGGAUGGAGGUGCACGUCAGUGGGUACGCAUGGCGGUAUAUUCGAGCGAGCAUGACGCUCGCAGGCCUCGUGCCGCCGAUGAUCGACGAUGGCGACAUGCUCGUCGAUGGCGGAUACACCGACAAUUUGCCCGUGUCCAUCAUGCUCGCUAUGGGCGCGCGCACAGUCAUUGCCGUCGAUGUGAGUAGUCUCGACGAUACGACCUCGCAGAGCUACGGUGACACUCUGUCUGGCUGGUGGGUGCUGCUGAAUCGCCUGAAUCCAUGGAGUAACAUGCGCAAGAUCCCCAGUAUCCCUGACAUUCAGACUCGUCUUACCUACACGACGUCUGUCAAAAUGCUCGAGUCGGCCAAGGCGAAUGAAGCAUGCUUGUAUCUGCGCAUGCCUGUCGAGCAGUACGGCACUCUCGAGUUUGGUCGCUACAAUGAGAUCCUAGCUGCCGGCUACGAUGUUGCCAUCAAAGCCCUGGCCAGCUGGCAGGCUCACGGUCGUCUACCUACCCAUGCCCAGAUUAUGCCAGCCAAGUCGGCCGUGCGUGGUUUGCGUGCGCGUCGCAAUAGCAUGUGA